AGACCGCUGGACGCAAUGCAAUGCCACAUUUUAGGAUCCACCUGGAAGCAACAGGCACCAACCAACGCAGCGGGGCCACAGGGAGGGAAGCGGGUGCCCAGCCGGUAAAACCAGCGGCGGUACCGGAGGAGCGCAGCGCAGCCCGAGACCGGACGGUCCCGCCGCGGGAGUGAAUUCCGGCGGCUCAGGUCCGUAGCCGGAGGCCGCGGCGUGCGCUGCGGUGGGAGCGGCCGCGGGUGCCAGCGGGGGGACGCGGCCCGGCGCUGCAGGUGUGCCAAAAUGUCAGAAAGAUCAGAUAUUCUUCACUUCAAGUUUGACAACUACGGGGAUUCAAUGCUACAGAAAAUGAACAAACUGAGGGAAGAAAACAAGUUUUGUGAUGUCGUGGUUCAUAUAGAUGAUGUUGAAGUUCAUGGGCAUAAAAUUGUAUUUGCUGCUGGCUCUCCCUUUUUACGAGAUCAGUUCUUACUGAAUGACUCCAGAGAAGUGAAAAUCUCUAUACUGCAGAGUUCGGAAGUGGGGCGGCAGCUGCUCCUAUCCUGUUACAGUGGCAUUCUAGAGUUUCCCGAAAUGGAGCUGGUAAACUACUUAACUGCUGCAAGCUUCCUGCAGAUGAGCCACAUCGUUGAACGAUGUACACAGGCCCUCUGGAAGUUUAUAAAACCAAAGCAGCCACUGGGGAGUAAAGAGUGCGAACAGCAAAGCGACUCCUCUGAGCUGAAGGAACAUCAAGGAGAUGACGAUUCUCUGCAGCAAGAUUCACCUUGUAUCCAACCUUCUGAAGAUAGUAUGGAUAUGGAGGAUAGUGAUAUUCAGAUCAUCAAGGUGGAGUCCAUUGGGGAGGUAACGGAAGUCAGAAAUAAGAAGGAUCAGAACCAGUUUAUUUCUUCUGAACAAACUGCAUUGCAUUCCUCGGAGCCGCAACACUUUCUUAUCAACUCCACUGUUGAAAACAGGGCAAGUGAAAUGGAGCAAAACCACCUCCACAACUAUGCCCUUUCCUAUGCUGGCAGUGAUAACAUCAUUCUGGCCUCUAAAGAUAUGUUUGGGCCCAACAACCGAGGUAUAGACAAAGGUCUCCAGUGGCACCAUCAGUGUCCAAAGUGCACAAGAGUAUUUCGGCAUCUGGAAAACUAUGCUAAUCAUUUAAAGAUGCAUAAACUAUUUAUGUGUCUGCUCUGUGGCAAGACAUUCACUCAGAAGGGCAAUCUCCACCGGCACAUGAGAGUGCAUGCAGGCAUCAAACCCUUCCAAUGUAAGAUCUGUGGGAAAACGUUCUCUCAGAAAUGCUCCUUACAGGACCAUCUCAACUUGCACAGUGGGGACAAGCCCCACAAGUGUAACUACUGUGACAUGGUGUUUGCGCAUAAACCCGUUCUGAGGAAACACCUUAAACAGCUACACGGUAAAAAUAGCUUUGACAAUGCCAAUGAAAGAAAUGUUCAAGACAUAACAGUGGACUUCGAUACAUUCACAUGUAGCGCUGCUACAGACAGUAAGGUCUGUCAGCAAACUGAUGCAAGCCAGGUACUGGAUGCAGGGAAGCUGCCUCAGGCUGUGCUUGGUUUAAGAAACGAUAGUACCUGUGUCAAUUGAGCAGUUAAAACCAGCCCUUUGCAGAGAUCACGACUGAAGAGCAGACAGCUGGUUUGGGCUCUUACCUAAGCUAGUGGUAUGCCCUGAAAGGCAAUGAAUGGAUGGAUGGAUGGAAGGGUGAUGGCAGGUAGGAUUGCAAAACCUGGCAGGUCUCCAGCCAUCAUUCUUAGUCUUACUUGAUAUUUUCUGUGAAUAGCAAUCUUCCUUCAGGUUUCUGUCUGCAUCUCUACUGUGGAUUAUGGGGUUAAUUGUUUAAUUUCUCACUGAUUAGGAGACUCAAGACUAACACCUUUUGAAAGACUGUUGCUAUGGGCUGCCAGUAAACCAUCUGCUAUACAGUUAGAGGACUCUGUGUCUGGGCAGGUGGAGGAGAGAGCAAAGAGGACAAGUCUCUGAGAUAACCCAAUUACUAUUAUUUUUUUUAAUCACUGGAUAACUGAAAGCACUCCAUAUAGUUAAAUUUAAAAUUACCUCUUAAAAUUACCCUUCUCUGGUCUUAUCUCCAGACCCCUACAGUUGAAAUGAAGUAUUUUUGUGUCACUCUUUUGCCCUUUCUAAACUAUUUUGAGGAAAUCCUGCUGCCAGUCAGUGCUAUCUUAAAAGCUCUCAGGGUUUUUAACCUCAACAUACAUUAUGAAAAGAUAAAACCCUAAAUGAUUUGGCAGGGUUACCUGGUCAUCACAUAGAACUGUUCAAAAUGAGAAGAAAUGGCAGCUCUGGAAUGUGAGAGGCUGGUGUCUGGAGUGCAAGUGUGACCUGUGUCUUACACUCUCAUACCUGGGAUUUUUAAAGGGCACUUACCAGUGUAUGUACUGACUGAGACAAGCUAAACACUUCAAAACUAAAAAUGAGCACUCAUCUUCCAUAAAUUUUGCAUCACAUAAACCACAACAGCUGUUAAUUUUAGAGCAAAGCUGGAGUGGAGAAACACUGCUUUUUAACACUGUGAAAAGAAACUGUUUUUAAAGCUGCAAAUGUAUAAGAACUCCAUGCCUUGCUUUUUUAGUUCUUGUAUAUCUCUCCUUGAUAGCGAAUAAGGGCCACAUGUCAGUUAACUUGGAAAAAAGGAACAAAAAUACCUGCCAUAGGAACGUUAACAACAAAGUUAAUAUUUUUUUUUAAGUGCCCUGCAUAGUUCACUGCCACUAAUGUUCUACAGAGCAUAGAAUGAGGUAUAGGUAACACAAUUUCCAUAGGUUAAUAUAGCAGCUAUAGCUGUACUCAGCAAUACCUCUUGUAUACCGCCUUAAACAUCAAAUGUAGCGGGAAUGGCAUGUUAAUUGGGAUUCUGGGAUUAUACCAUAUUACUUCUCAAAAGUGCCAUGGAAUUAUCCGCAUCCCAAUCAGGCUGAAAGUAAUUUAUGAGGGACACCAUUCCCAGUAGGACACUGUAUUACACUGAAGUGUAGCAUAAACUAAUAAUGAAAUGGCUGAUCCUCCGUAGAGAACUGCUGUUUGUAUUUGGGGUAUUUUUUCCAAUGCAGCUCUUUUCUACAAGGUUUGCAUGCAGCUGAGAUUAUGCUUCCUACCUAAAAGUAGUACUGUUUGUGUGUUUGAAUGACAGGGUGGGGGUGAAAGGCUGCUAUUGUAUGGUUAAAAAUUCUAAACAGGUAUGACCAAAGGUGUGUUAGAGCAAAAAAUGGUUUGUAUGUAAUUAUCAAAAGCUGGUCUUGAUCUUCAGAUCCAUGUGUGUAAAAGCCAGGAUUCCCUUACACAGGCAUUACACUGAUGGACGUUAAUGUUGCAGAACGUUUUCAGAAACCCACAUAGGUUCAAGUAGAAAAGCAAGGUGAUUCUGUGAAUCGGAUUUUGCAGUUGUGUUCUUAAACUACUGUACUUGACUGUUACAUGAACUGUUCCAUGGACAGCUAUGAAGUAAGCAAUGGAAAUGGUGUCAGGGCAUUACAUCUUUCAAGUUGUAGCAAAUAUAUUUAGUCCUAAAAUCUAUUUGGAACUUUCAAAAGGUUCAGGUUCCUGGGGCAGAAGGUUUGCAUAGGAAGAGAAACUGUUUUUCCUCUUAAGGCCACCUGCUUUCAGAAUUGUUUUGAGCUAAAACUGAAGGUGAUGGUUGCAGGGGACACUUGCAUUUUGUGUUCAGGCAGAAUCUUCUGCAUUGUGCAAAAUUACUCACUAUAUGUAACUAAGCUAUAGCACUAACAUCAGAACGAAGACAGACGUGGAGAAUAAGAGCUUGCAGAGCCAGGUCAACAUGCUGUAAGGGAUGAGUGAACGGUCUAACCAGAUAUGAAUAUGGACGUGGUAAAGAAAAUGGUCUUCUGCUAGAGAAAGGAGUAAAACUGUGCAAAUGCUAGAAAAAGUGGCAGCAAAAUGGAUGGUAUUGAAAGCUUUGUCUGGGAAGUUUGUUGGUUUUUUUUUUGUGGAAUUACAAAGCUGUAAUCCUACUGUAGGGAGACUACAGCUCGUUGAAGCUGGUAUGAAGAGACAAGGGGGUUUCCUAAGGAACAAAAAAAUGAUUUGGUCAAGAUACGAAAGUUUUCAGUCCACCCUGUGCUGUGGCAAUGCCAACAUCUGAGAAGGCUGGGACUGCAUUCACUGAAAAGGCUGCUUUGGGGUCAUUUGGUGAGACCAUGGCAGAAGUAAAUAGGAAAAAAGCAGAAAUGCAGAAGACUGCUUCUCCAAUGAAAAUGGACACAUCUGUUGGAUGAACAGUGACUUCUUACUAGUGUCUGUGCUUUUGGCCUGGCCAAAGGGUGCAGGCUUACAAACCUCAAAAAGGUUUAUGCAGGAGAUGGUUGCGUGACUCCAGAAACACUGGAGAUCUAAGAGGGCAAUACACUGAUGACAUGGUGCAGAGCACGCUGGUGGCAGAGUUCAUGUAAAACUUGCCCCUAUAAGGAACAGACAAGUGAAGAGUAUAGGAGAGAUAUUAGAGCAGAAAAAUCUGGCUAAUGCUUCUCUGAAUUGCAGAUGAAAAUGGAGUGAGAAUUAUUUUAAAUUAAAUACACAGAGGCAGCUGGUUUUCUAUAGAAUAAGAUGAACUUAAUGGUCCAUGUAUGUAAAAUGUUGUCUUCAUCACCAUGUUCCAGUUAGUGAAAGACUAGAUCCAUUGGUUGUUGCUACUGAUGCUGCAUAUUCAGAUGAGGACUAUGGCAGUUAUCAUAAUCUGUGUGUUAAUGUGUAGAAUACUAUUUGCUGGUAAGUGGAUGGUCUCACAAGUUAAUGUGUUGUUCAACUUCCUGCAUAUUCUAAAAAUAACUGAAGUCUAUUACAAAAAUAUUUUAAUAACUCCUUGAAUAUAUUAGGUUUGGGUUUUUUUUUUUAUGUUGGCGUUUAAUUUAUUUAUUUUAUAUAGAAGAAGAAAACCUUAGAACUGUUAGGUUUACCAGUGGUUUAGGCUCACCACUUUUCCAAGUGGUGGUAGCUUGUGUAGCAUGUGUUCCUGUGGCUUCUGGUGCAGCUGCAGAGCCUCCUGUAUAGAUCAGGGAUGAGUAUUUAUUUUUCUUUUAGAAGACACGUUUUACAAAUUAGUAACUGAUAAAAUUGAAGUGUCAGUCUUUUUUCUAACCUAGCUUUUUGGCAAAACUUAGCUGCCCGCUGGACUUUUGAUGGAAUAACUUCGUUGUGUGGGGCUGGUUUUGGUUCUGAAGUCAUUGGGAGGAGUAAAGGCAAGGAGGGAGAAUCGAGAUGUGAUACAAACUAAAACUGUUGAGAGAACUGUAAAGUCACGUUUAAUCUUUAUUUUUAAAGACAAAGGGGGGAACGCGGGUUGCCCUCUUGAUGUGGUAAGGGUUGAGAAGGUAGAAUGGACGUUUUUCCUUGGAGACUGUAUAAUCGAAGGACUGAGCAUUAGCUACCUCUUCAGUGACUGGGCAAAAGUCUCAUUCUACGCGUUGUUACCAAAGCAGGCGGUCGGUGGCUGUCGGUAGCUUCCUCCCCGCUCGGGGGCCGGGGCAAAGCCUGCUGCUCUGCCCGGAGCUGAGCCUUUCCCUCGGCCUGUUCUCGCUGAUGGCGCCCGCCCCGGGGCGGGACGGAGUCCCCGGUCCGCUGCUGUCCGAGAUGCCUUACAGGGGCGGCGGCCGCGGCGCCCCGGGCCCGUAUGUUGCUACCUCUACCGGACGUUUGGCGAGGCGCGCCCCGGUGUCGGCGCGGUGUCCCCCGGCGGCAGCCGCUGUAGCAGUGCCAACUCUCAUAAUAAACGUGCUGCUAACUCUGUC